CAUAAGAUGCGCCCGACGCCAGUUUUCGUGCAUGCCUCAGCAUUUGUAGAUUUGCGUAGAAGGACAUGAGGGAACACAUUAAUGGAGAAAAGAAAAUCAAGUGUUUGCACAGCGUUGUAACUAACAUCGCCUGUCCUCCGACCGAUGUAUCGUUUCUUUUGCAGGACAUCAUCAUCGCAAGCCUUCCGCGCACCAUAUCGUUUGGCGUGUGUUAAAUUAAUGUUUUUACAAACAAGUCCUUGCUAACCAAGGUACAGCAUGCAUGCAUGUAGAAAGCAGCUGGCUGGAAUAUGCAGAGCUAGCGUUCGGUAAAUAUACCUUCGAUGUCAGACUUGACAAACGCACCAGGAUUUUGUUAGCGCUAAAUGGUUCUCAAAUAUGGAUAGGGACACGCUACACAUCGCCUCGAGUCUCAUAAAAAUACCGAGGCAGUCACAGCAGUAUUGCUCUUCUCAUUUUGUCGAUUACGUGGAAAGGAACAUAAGCUAUUCUAAAUUCUUCAAGAACUACUUGAUUCCCAAUCACCCAUGUGUCUUUUCGAAGAAGUUUACAGAAGACUGGAAUUGUAGGAAACACUGGGUAACCGAGGAGGGGAAACCAAAUUUCUCGAGGCUCCUACAACAAUUUGAAGAAGCACCAGUGCCCGUGGCAAAUUGUAACAUGAAGGAGUACAAUGCAAACCCUAAACAAAUUAUUCCCUUUAAAGAAUUUGUCCAGUAUUGGAAGGAUUAUAUUCAAAAUGGCCAUUCAUCACCAAAAGGAUGCCUUUAUUUAAAAGACUGGCAUAUGCACAGGAACUUCCCAGAUCACAACUGCUACAAGACACCCAUCUUCUUCUCUUCAGACUGGCUCAACGAGUACUGGGAUUCUAUUGAGGUGGAUGACUAUCGCUUUGUCUACAUGGGACCCAAAGGAUCCUGGACUCCCUUCCACGCCGACGUCUUCCGCUCCUACAGCUGGUCCGCCAACAUAUGCGGCAGGAAGAAGUGGCUCCUGUACCCUCCCGGCCAGGAGGAGUUUUUGCGAGACCGCCAUGGCACCCUGGCCUACGAUGUGACGGCGCCCAUGCUUCAGGACAAGGGGCAGUACCCACACAUUGACAAGGCCUGCCAGCCCCUGGAGAUCAUCCAGGAGGCGGGGGAAAUCAUAUUUGUGCCAAGUGGCUGGCAUCAUCAGGUUUACAAUCUGGAGGACACCAUUUCCAUUAAUCAUAACUGGUUAAAUGGUUGUAAUCUGGACAUCAUGUGGCAGUUCCUACAGAAUGAGCUUGCCUCUGUUCAAAGGGAGAUUGAAGAAUGGAGGGAAACUAUGGACACCUGGCAUCAGCAUUGUCAAGUUAUUAUGAAGUCAUGCACUGGAAUAGACUUUGGGGAGUUUGCCAUGUUUUUAAAGAUUAUCGCAAACAACCGGAUCUCUUUUUUGAACUCUUCUCUGGCAAGCAGCUCUGUUCAGUCACGCCAAGUUGCAGAAGCACUUGAAUCUUUAGGUCCUCACCAUGCGACAUUUGACCUCCAAAGAGUCACUUACAUCCUUGAGAGUAUGCUUAAUAAUGAAGACUUCAAGAGACUUGAGCCCUCCAGUCUUAAAUUCCAACCAGAGUCGCUGCUUCAAGAAAUACGAGAGGCAACAAGGUCAACUGCAUGACAGUAUGAACGCUAGCAAAACAUUUCACAAUUGGGAAUGUCAACAGUUAUGGCAAAAUGUUUAUUAUUCAAGACAAUAUAAGUUAUUUCUGUUGAAAACUUAGAAUACACACAUGUGAACAAACCUCUUUCAAGUUUCAUUACCUAAAUAAAUUAAAUUAAGUAUCUAGUG